AUGAUAGCAUUGUUAGCCCAAAAAUUCAAAAGAUUUUCGAGCGGGUCAGACAAUCUGCGGACUUCAUGCCUGCCAAGCAAAUGUACAAGGUGCUGAUCGCCGAAUUGGGUCCAGAUUGGCCUAUUAAAUUGGCUUCCUUCGAGGAAAAGCCUUUCGCAGCAGCCAGCAUUGGUCAGGUGCAUCAGGCAAUACUUCAUGAUGGCAGAUUGGUUGCUAUGAAAAUACAGUACCCAGGGGUGGCAGACAGCAUUGAUUCGGACAUCAGUAACCUGAUGUCCAUCCUCAAGCGGUUCAACAUCUUGCCUCCCGGUCUUUUUGCUGAUCGCGCCGUUGUCGUGGCUAAACGAGAGCUACAAGCGGAAUGCGAUUACCAGCGUGAAGCCUACUAUUGUAAACGGUUCGCAUCGCUACUGGCUGAUGACCCGGUAUACCAGGUUCCUGCUGUUAUUGACGAACUCACUACGGCCCGUGUGUUGACUGCCGAAUACAUGGAGGGCAUUGUCCUCGAUGAUUGCGCUAAACUUCCUCAGGAUCUGCGAAACUGG